AUGGACACGUUAAACAAGCUGAAGCAGUUUGACGCUUAUCCCAAAACUCUGGAGGAUUUCCGAGUGAAGACGUGGGGAGGAGCGACCGUGACCAUCAUCAGCGGUGUCAUCAUGUUAAUCCUGUUUGUCUCUGAGCUGCAGUACUAUCUCACUAAAGAGGUUCACCCUGAGCUGUACGUCGACACGUCUCGAGGGGACAAACUGAAAAUCAACAUCGACGUCAUUUUCCCUCACAUGCCCUGCGCCUAUCUUAGUAUAGACGCGAUGGACGUGGCCGGUGAGCAGCAGCUAGACGUUGAGCACAAUCUGUUCAAACAACGUCUGGACAAAGACCUGAAACCCGUCACGGCCGAGGCAGAAAAACACGAGCUUGGUAUGGCAGAUGAUGGCGAAGUGUUUGACCCCAGUUCACUGGACCCAAACAGAUGUGAGAGCUGCUACGGAGCUGAGACUGAAGACCUUAAGUGCUGUAACACCUGCGAUGACGUGCGGGAGGCGUACCGGCGGCGAGGCUGGGCAUUUAAGAGCGCCGACACCAUCGAGCAGUGUAAGAGGGAGGGCUUCACACAGAGGAUGCAGGAGCAGAAGAACGAGGGCUGUCAGGUGUACGGCUUCCUGGAGGUCAACAAGGUGGCAGGAAAUUUCCACUUUGCUCCUGGUAAAAGUUUCCAGCAGUCUCAUGUCCACGUGCACGCUGUGGAAAUUCACGACCUGCAGAGUUUCGGCUUGGACAACAUAAACAUGACCCAUCUUAUCAAACACCUGUCGUUUGGUAAAGAUUACCCCGGCAUCGUUAACCCUCUGGACGAGACAGAUGUCACAGCGCCUCAAGCAUCAAUGAUGUACCAGUAUUUUGUGAAAAUUGUUCCGACCAUCUACGUGAAAACUGAUGGAGAGGUGGUAAAAACAAACCAGUUCUCAGUCACCAGACACGAGAAAGUGGCCAACGGGUUAAUAGGAGACCAGGGCCUGCCGGGCGUGUUUGUCUUAUAUGAGCUGUCACCCAUGAUGGUUAAAUUCACAGAGAAACACAGAUCAUUCACACACUUCUUAACAGGAGUUUGUGCCAUUAUUGGAGGUGUAUUUACAGUGGCCGGUCUGAUCGACUCGCUCAUCUACCACUCGGCCCGGGUCAUCCAGAAGAAGAUAGAGCUGGGCAAGGCCUCCUAACAGCGCCCCCCGCUGGCCUCCACGGUGCAACACAGAUCAAGACACGGACACAGAGAGAAGAGGGACAGACUGACAGAGGGAGAAGGUUGGAAACAGAAUCAAGUAGUUUUCCUUCAGUCUUUCUGUCUGCUGUCAGACUGAGUGAGAGAAACACAGAGAGAGACAGAGACAUUUGAAAUCAGCCAAGUUUUUAAUUCCUCUGUCUCUCUUUUCGUUACGGAAAAAACACUGGAGAGGAACUCGAGGGCAUUUUUGAAUUUUACUCUCCGCUGUUAAAUUCGAUGCCAACAGGACAGAGUCGGAGUCAGACACCGACGGGAGACUUGUGUGAUUGAACUUGAGCAGAGAGGAUGACGCCUCGUCUGUUUACAGAAGCGUCUUUAUGGAAAAAGGGAGCUUCCUACCCUCCCUCCUGUUUACAUCCUGCUUCAGCGCCGCUUCACGCUCACAUCACUACACUGAAGUCAGCUGGACCAUCUGUGGUGGAGCCUUUGCUCCAGAGGGGUGAGGAUGAGAGGGCAUGGAGACUUUUAAAGGAACACGUCACCCCAGAUUUUCUGUUUUCUAAUCAGUUACUCCCCAAAAUGUUUGACGAAGAAAGGUUUGUGCUCACAUCUCUUUAAACAGAAUCAAGCAAUGUCCACAAGAUGAUGUUUUCUAGUGAGUACAAGAAAGUGAUUUUGGGAUCUCAAUGUAACAAAUUUUUUGAGUAUAGAAAAUUAUUGUUUCGGUUGUGAGUUUUAAGCAUAAGUUUGGUGAUAUUUCUACUUUUCUUUUUGUCAACAAAUCCAACAAAAACUAUUGAAACCACAUCAGUGAGCCGCUGGGUGACAUGUUCCUUCAUUCAUCCUGAGCACACACACUCUAGUUUAUUGUGACUUGAUCCCACAUUCACCAUCCUGCUACCACAGACACUACUAGAGCACCAAAUGUGGAUUAAUCGGCCGCUGAAAAUAGUCCCCAACACUGGGAGUAUUUAUUCCUUGUUGAGAGACCAUGCUUAAGACUACAGUGCCCAGCUAUUAAAGAUCAGUCUUCAGAAGGAGCCAUUGGGUUUGGGGCUUGGAGAGCCCCAGACAUGUUAUGUCAGGAAGCAGUGAGAAACACACUAACACGUGGUUGGUUUUUCAUGGGAUUUGUUGACAAUAAGAAAAAUACACAAUUUGGCCUCCCUAACCUGCCUGCCUUCUCCAAUAAGGGCCAGCACACAUGCCAUGUCUUCAACUGCCAGGAAAACACGAAGUUGGUGCUGGGCUGUGCCUACACUGUGCCAACUGAGGCAGGCUGCACUUGACGUUUCGUUUGACUGUCUCAUAGCCCACUUACCUGAAAUCCUGAGUGCAGAGCUGAUCUUCUUCCAGGCGUCGCUUUGCUUUGUGUAUUAGGCCUAAAGUGUUGUACGUGGGACAGAUGUAAAGCUCUGGGUAGCCCCGCACUAAAAUGAUGAGCUUCUUCUCCAUAGUUACCAUCGACUGAUAUUUACCAUAGAAAGGAAAGAUAUCGGCCAGCUGUGAUUGGUUGUUUCUUGCAUUCUUUAAGUCUGUUUUAAGACAAGUCAAGAAUUUAAUGUUAAAGUGUUUUAAAUACAGUAAUUUUAAUCUAAAUUCCAAUCAGGUAAAAAUGUUCAAAACCAAACAGGAUCUCUGAAGACUAUAAGUAUGUUAGUUUGAUAAACAAGUGGCUUGAUAUCAUGUUUCUGUGAGUCUUUAAUGAACUUACACAAAACUUUGUCCACUGGUUGAAGCUCAGUUUUCUAUGAAUGUGAGGGAGGGAUCGUAUGGUACUCUAAUAUGUGAAUAGUUAAUACGAAACUCUUUGGGUGAUGUGUUCCUUUAAGACUUCCCAACAGAAGAAUACUUAAAAAAAGAUUUCUGUCUCACUUAAAUUAAAACCACUAUGUGUACGAUUUUAUAAGUUUGUUAAAAAGGAUCCCCAUGAAAGAUGCUGCUCAUCUCCAUGUCCAUGUGAUCUCCAUGUGAUCUGUGAGUGGAUGUACAUGUUAGUCUAUCCGGAUCAUCAGACUCAGUUUUGUUCUCUUCUGUCUGACUUUGCGUCCCUGUCUGAUCACAGCCAUUGAUGAUACGAGUGCAGCUGGAAACACAAACUUUAGAAUAAAAACAUAGACACUCA